UUUUCUUGAACUUUGAUAAAAUGGCAUUUAGAGCAACCGGACACUGGAAGUCAAUGAUCACUCCACUGGGAAGGACUCACAGCCGCUCUUUUGCAUCAUCGACUACCCCAAAGUUGAAACAAUAUUCGACAACCGCAAACGCGGCUCACAAUCCUCGCCCUUACAACAAAUACUCAAUAUCAGGGGAAUAUGCACCGGUUUAUAUAGUGAUGGGAAUGCUUGUGGUGGCAAUUUCCAUCGCGGCUCACACAGCAAAGCAGCACUUAAUGCAUGCCCCUGGUGUGGUGAUCAGCAAGAAGAAGAGGGAAUCAAUAUCAGAGGCUGACCAUCCUGAUCAAGCUCUUGCUUCGGCGGAUAAGUUUCUGAACAAGUCUUUUCUGAGAAAAGUGGCUCACAUUCAGGACAACAAACGCACCCUUCCUGACCCUUCCCGCCCUGACCCAUUCACCAGGCCUCGAACUGCAGAGACGCUCAAAACGGUUGGAGUUGAUCCAAGCCACCAUUGAGUUUCUAAAAUCCUGCGUACACUAUAGAUAGACGUGGCUUCCUUUCUAUUUGGUAUUCGAGUCGCAUUGUAGAUACUAUAAAUAGAUCUCUUUUACAUGUUUUCAAUUUGUUAAUUUUGUUAGCUUAGAUUUGUUGAUUCCAGCCUUUUUUUCCCUAUUUAAAUGUCCAUGCUAAACUAUCAA